ACAAUAUAGGAGAAAGACACAUCUUGGAUUUUCCAAUUCUAUAUAAAAGUAGUUUCCAUUUUACUAUACUAGUAAAUGAAUUAUAUUAAAUAGAUUCUUUCUUUGCGGGAAUUAUAAAAGUGUUCUUUAAUUAUAUUACAUAAGAAUAUUGAAGAUAUAUAAACAGAAAUAUCUAUAAAAGCCUUCAACGGAGAGUGUCCUCAAACAUAUUCAAACAUGAGUCGAUAUGAUAGAGAACUUGUGACUGUAAAGAAGAGUCAGUUAAAAAAAUUCUAUGUUGAUUACAUUAAUCAAAAAUGUAUUGCUAAGCACACUAAAGAGUUGAAUACCGGAUUAAUGCAACUUUACAAAUCUACUCAGCAGUUGCAACAUAAUUUUAAAGAAGCCAUUUCCCUCUGUCAAUUUCAGAAUGCAAUUAUUUGUGAUCUUAUGUACAAAUUGAUAGAAAGUGGAACUAUUGAGGAGAAUUCCUUUAUUUCAGGGAUAGAGUGGAACAAGUCUGAAAACAAUGAUUACAAGGUAAUGAAGAAAAAGGCUGAAAAUGUUAAAGAUUUUUUAUUAUCUGUUCAAGAUUUUGGAAAUGAAACUAGAAUACAAAAAUUAGAAGAAGAACGAGACAAACUUAAGGGUCUGGUAGAAUCUUAUGAUGAAAAAUAUAAAGCGCUAGGAGAUCGUCUAGUGUCAAUGCAAAGGGAUUAUAUAAUAUUAUCAAACCAACUGGACGAGAAGAAAAAUUUGUUGGAAGCCUUCAAUAAAAAGCUGAAAGGAUUACAGGAUGAAACGCAACCUAACGAGUCACUUUCUCCGAAAGCUACCGGAAAGAUAAAUGUGCAGGAAGUAAACGUUAGAGGAGGGGCUGUCCUCGAAUUGCUAUCGCCAAACAAGCUGAGAGAAGAUCCUGAAGGUACAGAUAAGAUGAUUUCGUGUGCUUAUUGUCACCACUCCCACCCUUUGAAUGAUUAUACGAAACAUAGUGAAACAUGUCCAAAGAGGAGAACAUUAGUGAAAAAUUUAAACAAGUAG